UCCCGAGAAAUAUCUCAUCCAUUUCGUACUCUUUGAUCUUCAUUCCUCCACUGGACUGUCGAUUGGCGGCGAAGUUGCAGUUUCAUUCGUCCUCAUGGCCAUCUCCAUUGUUCCAUCUAUUCAACGCUCGGUGCCAAUGGCUUCUUCAUCUUUUGCGCAUCCUAAUGAACCUAAGCAUAUCAUAAGGAAGCCGAGAUGGACGGCGAUUAGAUGCAGCGCAAGAGAAAGAGCGAACCAGACGAACUAUUACGAGCUGCUUGGAGUUUCUGCAGAUUCAAAUGCUAAAGAAAUCAAAGAAGCUUACAGAAAGUUACAGAAGAAAUUUCAUCCGGAUAUUGCAGGCCAAGAGGGCCACGAGCGUACGUUGAGAUUGAACGAGGCUUAUCGAGUUCUGAUGAGAGAGGAUCAAAGGAAGGAAUAUGAUUCUUCCAUGGGUGAGACGAGGGUGAGAUUUGGGAAUUAUAACCCUGGAUUAGGUUACAGCUCCUGGAAAGGACCUCUGCGAUCUCAGGCUUUGUUUGUGGACGGAAACGCCUGCAUUGGUUGCAGGGAAUGUGUACACCAUGCAAGUAAUACAUUCACCAUGGACGAGACUCUUGGUCGUGCACGAGUUAAGGUUCAGUAUGGAGACAAUGAUCAGAAAAUUCAGGUUUCAGUGGAAUCAUGUCCCGUAAAUUGCAUAUAUUGGGUAGAAAAGGAGGAACUGGCUGUGUUGGAGUAUCUGAUGCAGCCACUGCCCAAGGAAGAAUAUGGCGUGUUUGGAGGCGGCUGGGAAAUUCCGGCCAAUGUCUUCAUGGCGGCCAAAGCCUUCACCCAGCAGCUGAAACGACAGAAACAGGACACAAAAUUUGGAAAGGAAACGGUUGAAGAAACCCCAGCUCAAGCAGAGGCUCGAGCUAAUGCGAGCAUGAAAAUACAGAUGGAGAAGAUCAAUGGAAUUUGGAAUUGGGUAAAACAAGUUUUUGGGACACACAGGUAGAUUCAUGAAAAGCUAUGAAUUUCAAUCACUAUAUCCAAUAGUUUGUUUGGAAAACUGUUCUCAAAACCUUUCUGAGAACUAAUAUUAUUGUGCAUAUUGUAGUCAUUUGUGAAAAUAGAAUGAAGAUCAAGCUUACAAACUUAGA